AUGUCUUGUCAGGGAUGCGAUCUGAAGGCCUUUGUUGCCGCCUUAGCUUUUUGCGUCUUGACGACUGGCCAGACGACUGGAACGCCCUCCUGCAAGCUUGACCCGACUGGAAUCAACUACAGGGGGAAUGUAUCUCAGACCAUAUCCGGUCACACCUGUCAGCAAUGGACUUCACAGUACCCCCAUCAACAUGGGAGGACUCCUUCUGAGUACCCCAACAGAGGACUUGGAGAGCAUAACUACUGCAGGAACCCCGACCAUUCCUUCACUGCUUGGUGCUAUACUACUGAUCCAGAAGUUCGCUGGGGAUACUGUCCUUUAGGUGACCUUGAUCCCGAGUGUGCCAUCAUUCCUUUAACUGGAGGCAUCCAAGAGUGUUACACCCUGUCAAACGCAUCAGACUACAGAGGAAAUGUAUCUGUAACAAGGAACGGAAGACCUUGCCAGAGAUGGACCAGCCAAACACCCCAUGAGCACCGUUACAUCCCUUCUGACUAUCCCGACGAUGGCCUUGGUGACCACAACUACUGUCGCAAUCCAGAUGGAAGCGGAGACUUUGCAUGGUGUUAUACCAACACUUCGACACGCUGGGAAUACUGCAACAUUGGGGUUCAGCAAGAAAGUUGUGUUCCCGAAACAUCAGCUGAAGCAACGACAUCUACUGCAACUACUGCUGGAGUUGCAAAAGCUACCACACAAACACCAACUACCACCGUUCUUCCACUGUGUAUGCAAGACCCCUCUGCGGCCACAUACAGAGGAAAUGUAUCCUACACCGUAUCUGGACGCACCUGUCAGCAGUGGACCCUCCAAGCGCCCCACGAGCACAGCAGGACUCCAGAGGAAUAUCCUUCCAGCGGACUAGGAGACCACAACUACUGCAGAAAUGUGGCCGGUUCCGCCUUCACAGCAUGGUGCUACACCACUGAUCCCGACAAGAGAUGGGAAUACUGCCCCAUUGGCUCCUUGGAUUCCAAAUGCCUGGCUGAUAUAGCAUUGAGUCCAAGUGACUGUUACACCAACCCAUAUGCGACCGACUACCGAGGGACUAUCAAUACGACGCGGAGCGGUUAUACAUGCCAGGCUUGGACCUCCCAGUACCCCCAUGAGCACCGUAGGACACCUUCAGACUACCCGAACACUGGUAUUGGGGAACAUAACUACUGUCGCAACCCUGACACCUCAGACAUGGCUUGGUGCUAUACCACAGAUCCGGAUAUGCGAUGGGAGUAUUGCAAUCUUGGAAUCCCACAAGAGGUAAAACCCCACCCCUUCUCUACACAUCUAACAGAUGUCCUCAGAUCUUGA